CGCUAAGUUCCCCUGCAAACCGUUGAUGCCGCCGCCCUGCUCCCUGUGACCGACGCCGCCCAGUUCUCUACCAGCCGCCGCUUGGUUCCCUGGUUGUCGCCGCUUGGUUCCCUGGCCAGUCCCUGCAGGUUCCUGCCCCUAAUAGAACUGAUGAGAACUUUGGAUUUGCAGGGCACCACCGCAAUGGCAAGUGGGAGGCCGGGAUAUAGGCUGUGCGAACUGCAAGAAGGACCCAGCAGGAGGCAGCCCGGGCCAACGACCUCGCAGCUCUGCAGCCCCAAGGCCGAGCCCGUCGACGAAGAGGCACUAUUGCUGCGCGGCCUGCCGCUGCCGGACGACGAACUGGGCGGCUGCUUGCAGGGGAACUGGGCGGCGGCGGCGGCCAGGGAGCCGGGCGGGGGCGGCCGGCCGCUAGGGUCCCGACGGCGGCGCCAUGGAACCUGCAGGGAAGACGACGCAAACUGGAGAUCGAGGGAGGGUGCACGGGCAGGCCAAGUAACGAUGGGGGAGGGGCAAAUACGUCUGUACGGGAAAGUACAAGGAUAACUUCUUUGAUGGCAAGAAGCUCCUUGAUGAUAUCUUCAGCUGGCAUUCUACUAGACGGCACUUCCUCAGAGCAAGACAGUCCAAGUCUAAGUAGUGAAAUCAGGCCAUCAAUAUUCCUUUCAAACAAAGCAUCUCCUGCAUCAUGAAGUUCGUCAUUCUGUCUCAAAUACAGACGCGUGUCAAUAACAUCUGAUGUUCUGUUAUGUACAGCCUGCGCCACGUAUUCACGGAGGCUCGUUCUUUGUGUGAAUAUGCUGUCAGUGGGCCUCUUCCCAGUUACCAUUUCUAACACAAGAAUUCCAUAGCUGUAAAUGUCUCCAUUUGUUGAUGCCACAUUUCCAGCACCAUACUCUGUUGCAUUAAAUUUUGGAAAAUAUUAGAGAAGUUUGGAUAUGCACAGUUCAGAAUAUGAGAUACAGAUUUAUGACA